AUGGCGGGGUGCCUUCUCGGGCUCUUGGUCGAGUCGGCGCGCGGCCCGAACUCCGCCGAGGCCAUCGAGCGCGUGCUCCGGAAGGGCUUCUUGAGCCCGGUUUUGCAGGAAAUCCCACUCCAGGCGUGCUGCGCCGUGACGGAUGGGAUUCCGCUGGGCGACGGUACGACGGUAUGGGUCGCGACCGCGGCUUUUAACCCGCAUGUCGUCAUUCACGGCAGCAGUGUGGAGGGCGGGUUUACGGGGUCCGAGGAGGUUUAUGAGGACUUUAAGCGCCAGCGAGAGGACGUGGCGGAGGAGCAUACGGUGAUGCAGCUACGCACCGCUUACGAUUACCCGUUGGUGGAUCCAAGUAGCCCUGAAAAGGAGGAACCGGUAGCGGCCAUUGGGGCCUCGCUGAAUGGAUCGUUUAACUCAUUGGCGCUCACGGGCGAGGAGCUCACUGCGGCGUUUGAGCGGAAGGUUUUGGAGGUUCUCACCACGGGACCCCGAACCAGGGCGGACCUUGCGGCUCAUCCUUCUCUUUCGGAAUGGAAAAGUCACCCCUCGUUUGAUGGUCUUUUAAAAUUAUGUUUAAAAAAGCACACGGUCUAUCAAGGACGAAAAUACACUUUAAAAGAGUGA